GAUGGACUCUGCCCCUUGUCAGCAUUUAAGAUACAGGAGUGAGGGCCAGUGGAGCUUAGAGAGGAAGACAACCCUCACAACAACAAUAAACAACCCAGGAACUGAAUAAAUAAAUAAAGAAUUAAGGCUCUCUUAAGAGGAGACAUGAACCUUGAAGAGUAUUUUGCGAGAAUUGGCUAUAAAGGUUCCCCUGAAAUACAAGAUUUACAAACCUUAACGGAUAUAUUCCAGCACCACAUCCGUGCUGUUCCCUUCGAAAACCUCAGCAUCCACUGCGGGGAGAAAAUUACUUUGGAGUUGGAGCAGGUUUAUAACAAAAUUGUGCGGAAGAAGCGAGGUGGCUGGUGCAUGGAAAACAACCAGCUGUUGAGCUGGGUCCUGAAAUGCCUGGGGUACGACGCCAGCUUUCUGGGAGCGUAUGUGUUCAAUCCACAUGAAAAUGCAUACGCCAGCAUCAUGACCCAUCUCCUUGUAAAGGUUGUGAUUGAUGGCAAAACCUAUAUUGUUGAUGGAGGCUUUGGUGUGUCCUAUCAGAUGUGGGAACCGAUGGAGCUUGUGUCAGGGAAAGACCAGCCCCAGGCUCCUGGUGUCUUCCGCUUCACAGAAAAAAAUGCCGUCUGGUACCUGGAAAAAAUGAGACGGAAACAAUAUCUCUCUAAUCAAAAUUUCUCUAAUUCUGAUCUUUUGGAGAAGAGUGAGUGUCGGAAAGUUUAUAUGUUCAAUCUUGAGCCACAGACAAUGGAAGAUUUCCGCUCCCAGUGCUCAUACCUUCAGACCUCUCCAGAUUCCCUCUUUACAAAGAAGUCCAUCUGCACCCUCCAGACCACUGAUGGCUUUCGAGCGCUAAUUGGGUGGACACUCACUGAGACCACAUACAACUACAAGGAAAAUAUGGAUCUGGUGGAAUUCGUAACUCUUGGAGAAGAGGAGAUAGAAAAAACCCUCAAAGAGAAAUUCAACAUAACCCUGGAUAGAAAACUUGUCCCAAUUAACAUAAAAGGAUUUUACACAAUCUAGAGGACCAGAAAAACCUACAAUAAUGUUAUGUAUGUACAGUACCUUCCGCUGUCUAUGCAAUCACUACUGUAAGAUUAUGGUAUUCUUUUGCUGGUAAUUGAAGGAAAAAUAUAUUAAUACCAGGUAAAAAUGAAUUUCGUUCUGGUAAAAAUCAGGAAUUUGAGACUCUUUAGUCAGGCAGAAAGAAUUAUUUGCUGUUAGAUGACUGCAGUUCAAUUUUUGGCACCAAUGUACUAUCUGAUUUGAACCUGGUUAUAAACUUGGGUAAUAAAUAUGUCUGGGGAAUUUUGGAGUGCCUAUAGCACAUAAAUAGGAGUAUGGAUUAUUAAUUAUGAUAUGCUGCCAACACAUUUUCUACGGUUAUUAUAGGGAGAAAAGUCAUCUGUGAGCAUUUAGACAAUGAAGUACACAUUUAAAACUUCAUUUUUCAUAAGAUCUAACCACUUGCCGCUCAUCUCAUUUCUCUACCUUUAAUAUAAGUAAAACAAUGUCAUCUUUGAAAGGAGCAUUAGGAUGCAUAAUGCCAUUUCACUGUCAUUCUUAGACAAAAUAUAGUACAAAAUGAAAAUUACCAUCACAUGCAUCCCUUUUGUCAUUGCUGCAGUAAAUGGCCCAAAGUAACUUCUGGUAUGUGCGUAUUUUCUGUUGAUGCAAAUUGUAUAUAGUGCAGUAUUACUGUGGCUGAUGGGCUGUAAGAAGAUACCUUCAAGCAUUGCUUCUGCUAAGUGAUUAUCCUCUGAAGGAUGAAUGGCGCUUAUACAUCACAACUGGCUUAGAUUUACUUCUAUCCCAAAAGGAGUGGAAAUUUUAUAUUUUUAACACUGCAAGUUAUUUGUAUAACAAAGGCAGAACAAUGAAGCAAACACCACUACACUCUUAAUUUUGCCCUCUUUGUGUAUAGCAAAUAUGGGAGUAGAUAUGGCUAUCCUGAAAGAGUACCACAAACAAAACCAAACAAACCCAGAGGCCUCGAGCUGGGGUUCCAUUAGCAAGGCAUUAUUGCAGAAGGGAGAUGCUCUACCAGACUGAAAAUGAACAACCUAAUCCUUAAAGCAUCAGCUCUCACAGAAAUUUGCACUCACAUGCAGAGGGGAAACACAGGAUGUUUGACAUCCUUCACCACCGCUAUGCUUUAUUAACACUCUCUGAGAAAGGUUUAAUGAGAGCCUGAGCUAUUGUGCAUUUUUCAUUGUUGAUUGUUGUUGAAAUAAAGCAGAAUAAAUGCUUAUAAACCUCCAUCCAGGACCUGUACAAUUCCAAAUACAAUUUAUAACUAUGGUAUUGCAAUUAACAGAAAGAUGAGACAAUCUUUCUUUAAGUCACCUCCCAUACGAGGACAGGCUGAGAGAGUUGGGCUUUUUCAGCCUAGACAAGACCUUAUAGUAGCCUUCCAGGGAGUGCUGGGAUAGGAUGUGGGGUAAAGGUUUUCAGGUGAAAGAGGGUGGAUUUAGGUUAGAUAUUAGGAAGAAUUUUUUUACAGUGAGGGUGUGAGGCACUGGCACAGGUUGCCCAGAGUUGUGGCUGCCCCCUCCCUAGGGGUGUUCAAAGACAGGUUGGAUAAAGCUUUGAGCAACCUGAUUCAGUGGAACGUGUCCUUGCUCAUGGCAGGGGGUUGGAACUGGAUGGUAUUUAAGGUCCCUUCCAAUUCAAACCAUUCUAUGAUUAAGUCCCAGAAUCCCAGCCCAGCUGACAUUACACACACACAACACACAAUGGCAAUGACAGCCAUUUGUGACAGUAGAAUUGUAUAAUGGAAUGGCUUAUUAGAAAACAAGACAUAUAACAGAAGAAACACGGUUCAAACUCCAUGGCACCACUGAACAUCUUCCCUCCUCCCCAGUGAAUCAAAGUUUAAUCAGCUCAUGCAUUACUAAAAGGAGGAUACAGGAUAGCUCGCUUCAGUUGGACUCUGGUCCUGGACUUUUUAAGAUCAAAUACUAAGAAUAAAAGUAACAAAGUGAGAAACAUCAGCAAGAAAGAUGAAGUUGUUCCAUACUUACAUGUUUCCAACCUCAGCAGUUAUUUCAUAAAUAAACACUGCCAGCCUGUCAAAGGGAGGGACAAAACUUCACCUGACAAGAGACUUUCUUAAAAUUAACUCUGCAAGCUGCCAGUGAGCACUGACUACAACACACAAUUUGUUUUGUUCACCUUAAUAGGUACAUUAGUGUAACAGGUACAAGCACUUCUGGUCUGAUACCUAUCUACCCAUUAAAUUUUGCAGGUAGCCAUCUUCUUUACACAAAUGCUUACUACCUAUCCCAGCUUGCCUUUGUUCUCAAAGAAUAAAUGCUUUUCAUUUAGAAAGACAAUCACGCGGGAAGGUUCUACAGCUUAGGGAGCUGCAUAUGAAAGUGCAUCUGCAUUUGAAAUUGUGUCAGAGCGAAGAAAGCUUGAAUUAACGUAGGUUCACAUGAUGAAUAUUUCACCGCUACAUUUACAUCUCUGUCAAGAGUAGUUCAAGCACAGAUUAAAUAUAGCAGAAUGUUUCCACCCUAGCAAGGAAGCUAGAGCCAGACUUCUCUCUAUCUGUGUAUGUAUUUAUAAGGUUAGGGAUACAAAUCUGUAUUUCUGAAGAUGUCAUCAUAUAAUGCCUGCUUGUAACUUUGGCUGCUUAAAGUACAUUUUAAAAGUCACACAGGGCUGAUGUUUAGUUUUCUCUUGCUCUUAAUAACGCACUACAAAUGGAGCUUUUAAAAAUGCAUUUUUCAAACUCCCCACGACUUAACAGAUUGUGCUAAAAAUUAGUAGUUGGUCCAGCAUAGUAUUUAAAUACCUCACCUAGCCACUAGCUAAACACGAACAGCAGAGCACCCAGAUUUGAAGACAUUACACCAAAAUCUGUACUUCCUUCACAGUUGGUAUUGGGCACAUUUAAAAAGCAGAAGAACCAUCCUUUCUUCCUCCCAAACUCCAAAAUUACAGAUUUCCAGGAAGCUGUUCAGAGUUCACUCAUGCUCUUACCCACACAUCACACCACUCACAUUUCCAGCAGUCUUUCAGGAAAUGACAUGAAAUUAAGGACCAGCAUAUAGCAGAACGCCCUAUAACUACACAAAGUUACCCCCCCAUUGGACUGAACAGAACUCUGCAAUGUGAGAGAGCUCUGCAUAGACCUUUGACAAAGAAAGACUUCACUCAGAGUUCAUCUGAGCCACCAAUAGUUAUGGAAAUUACCCAAGAGCUCCUUUACAUGACACCACCGGAACCUUCUCCAAUCCACUCUCUCAGAGUCUGCAAUUGCAGCGGCAUCUCUGGGUUGCUGGUGGUUCACAGUUUCUUCCUCAACUACCCAGCACACAUAUGCAGAAAUUCCCUCGCCAUUGAAGAAAUAUGUGCAGAUAGAGGGGAACCAUUUUCCUACUAAUAAGCAAGAAAGAAUAAUGGCAUACAUUCCGAGUUUUUCUUGUGAUGACCAACAAUAAAUCAUUUCUUAACUCAGGUCACAUCUUCUAUGAGAAGAAAAAUGUCUUACCAUCAUUAACUUCUUUUCAGCUAGCAAUAAUAUAUGAUCAGGUUUUAAGUAACUGAACCAGUAGCAUUUAAUUAGCUCUGAAAAACUCUCUCAGAUCAUGAAUCACAGACUUCCCACCUGUAUAAGGUCCCCUUACUAGGUUAAAAGAAUAUCUCUUUCCAUAUGUGAUCCAUCUUGAAUAUCUAAUAAGGUGCUCUUGAUAUCUGGAUGGUAGUUCAUAUAUCACACACAAAAUACAGCAGACACACAGUCUCUUUCUUGAGUUUCAUGUCUUGCUUCACUGAGUUGUUAGAAAGAUAAUAGAAAAAAAAAGCCCCUUGUGUCUAUGAAAGGCCACUACUAGGUUCAAUUUAACAAAUUCCUCUUACUCCAGACAGUCAGCAUUAAGGAUGCCUAACCUAAGAUAUCUGGCUGGGGAAAUGGAUUAAAAGAAAGAAAUAUUCCUUGUUGAAAAUCAGGAUACAGAGAACUGACAUGAUCUUAGACAAGACCACACUGACAUUUUUGAAUAGGCCCAGAGCACUGACUGACCAAACAGCAUGUUGCUUCCAUCCUAACAUUGCUUCAGACGGCUUCUUUGCAUGUUAAACAGGAAGUCAGUGUAGUCAACUAAUAUUUGGGGACAUCUGUGGCCAUCAUAAAACGGGAUCACUUUGUACAGACUGUAUCAAGCAUCAUUUUCACAUUAAAUUAGCAAAACCACAAUCAUUAGCCACAAAAAAUCAGCUUUUAUUCAGCUUUCAAAUAUGUUUCUGAAGCUGUUAUUACGCUUUUAUGAUAAGACCUAGAUAAUUAUAAGAUUGGAUUUUUUUGCUGAAAAAGAGACAAGAUUAGCAAACUUCUUUUGCAAGACUGAAAUUGAGACUCACAAUCUGCUCAAGUGUCAAACUGUAAAUGUUGCCCAAUAUUUGGCUUGCUCUAUAAAAAAGUUUUAAUACACAAUCCUCUAUUUUUAAAUAAGCUUUAUAAAAAAUAAAAUUCAACAAAAUGCAUUUUAUCUCUCUGUUCCCAUCUUAUUUUUAGCACAGUAAAAAAAACCACCAACCACUUGUUUCUGCUGACUUUUUUCAAUUUGAAGACACCAAAAGUUUUCAUUUUCAUAAUUUAAAAAAAAGAAAAAGGCAGUGAAAGCUGAACUACCUUACUGGAUUGGACAUUGCUUGUCCUUACUCCAAAUACUCCUUUCAGAUGCUAUCAUAAAUUGUAAAUAAUGUUGCUCUAGAUGGCACGAGACACUCAAUCAAGUUGUACACAACAUUUAAAAACACUGAUGGGAUUAGAGCCACAACACAUUAAAAGCUGCUGAGAAGAAAGGAUGUAUGACAUCCAUUGUAUACACAUCCACUUCGAAGUGUCUGUCAUAUGGAUGGUAGGAAUUUCAACGAGAAAAGACUCAGAUUUACAAAUCCAUCCUUUAUAUUAAAUAGCAAAAACU